AUGAAUGAAAUGAAUGAAUGCUAUAAAAUGCAAAAAUGCAUGGCUUGUAGUGUCGGUGUAUGUGUAGUGCCGGGAAUGGGAGCGGGAAUGGGAAGAGUAGGGACGAUGGCACAGAAGAGCGACCCGUCGGCUGAAGACUCGUUGUGUGCGGGAGUGGCCAACAUUGGUCUCAAUGUGAUGGCACCGGUAUUCGUGCCUUCAUUCCCUGUCCCGCAAAAUGUCAACAAUUGUGACAACGAUGAAGAGGCGGACGACACGAUUGAAGGAGAGGCCGGAGAGGCGAGCGAAAAGGCUAAGACCCAAAAGGGACGCAAAACGAAGCGAAAGGCGCACAAAGCGUUGUCCAAUGAUGGCAGUCCGAAGAAGGAUCACUUAAAUAUGGUAUUCAUCGGUCACGUGGACGCCGGCAAGUCUACUAUCGGAGGACAACUGCUUUACUUGACGGGAAUGGUUGACAAACGAACGCUCGAGAAGUACGAGAGAGAGGCCAAAGAGAAGAACAGGGAGUCGUGGUAUCUGUCGUGGGCUUUGGACACCAAUCAAGAGGAACGCGACAAAGGAAAGACUGUGGAAGUGGGCCGCGCCUACUUCGAGACCAAAAACAAACACUUUACACUAUUAGACGCACCCGGCCAUCGAGGCUUUGUGCCGAACAUGAUCGGCGGCGCGUGUCAGGCAGACCUUUCCGUUCUCGUCAUAUCCGCCCGUAAAGGAGAGUUUGAAACCGGCUUUGAAAGGGGCGGUCAGACCCGAGAGCACGCUAUGUUGGCCAAGACUGCCGGCGUCAAACAUAUGGUAGUUCUCAUCAAUAAGAUGGACGACCCGACCGUUGAAUGGAGUGAAUCGCGUUAUAACGAGUGCUGUGAAAAGCUUCUUCCAUACCUGAAAAAGUGUGGAUUCAAUCCGAAAAAUGAAAUCUAUUUCAUGCCGUGUUCGGGAUUGACCGGAGCUUUCCUUAGAGAACCCCUCGAUGAGUCCCUGUGUUCGUGGUUUAGAGGUCCAUCAUUUCUCGAUUACAUCGAUGCUCUGCCGGUGUGGUCGCGUCACGUGGACGGCCCCUUCCGGUUGCCGGUUGUGGACAAAUACAAAGACAUGGGAACCGUUAUAUUCGGAAAAGUGGAGAGCGGUUGCACUCGAAGGGGCGCUCAACUCAUGCUAAUGCCUAAUAGAAAACAAGUAGAGGUUCUGCAGCUGUGGACUGACGAGGAAGAGGUAAAUCAAGUGAGUUCUGGAGAAAAUGUCAAAAUCAAACUGAAAGGCGUUGAGGAGGAAGAGGUGACCGCAGGGUUUGUCUUAUGCGAUGCGUCGGCGCCCUGUAAUGUGGGCCGCAUUUUCGACGCACAGGUGGCUAUUCUGGAGCACAAGUCUAUCAUAUGUCCGGGUUAUUCGGCUGUCCUUCACAUCCAUUGUGCCGUCGAAGAGAUUAGUGUCAAAGCAAUCAUCGACUUAAUGGACAAGAAGACCGGCAAAAGGGCGAGGGUACAUCCGAGGUUCGUAAAGCAGGAUCAGGUGGCGCUCAUGCGACUGGAGUGCUCGGGAGGCCUCAUAUGUAUGGAACCGUUCUCUCAGUUCCAGCAAAUGGGAAGGUUUACGCUGAGAGACGAGGGAAAGACUAUUGCGAUCGGAAAAGUGUUGAAAGUUGUCGAAUGACUAUCAAAGGCGAGAAGACCUGACUUUGGCUUUUCGGCUCCAGACAUGACAGCGGAUGAGAUGAACAGUAAAAAGAGCAGAAAGUGUUAAACAUUUUUUAAUAAAUAAAAAGAACUGAUAAAUGA